AUGGCUCCCUGGCCUUCACUCCCCAAGGGGGACCGUCAAUUCCCUGCUCCGGUCUUCGACGACGAGCUCCUGCGUCAACCCCACGAACCUAAUAUCCCAAUCCACCAACGCACCACACCCCCAAACCCACAAAAAGACAGUCCCCUCUUCAACGGCCUCAUCCCACCCGAAAUCCGCAACGAGAUCUUCUCCUAUGCCCUAACGGAAACCACCUCGACCGACCCCUCGGCCCUCUACCCCGAACAUAUCUCCCGACCAGACUACACCGCCAGCACCAGCAUCUGCACCGCCCUCCUCCAAACAUGCCGUCUCAUCUACCUAGAAACUUACCGUCUCCCGGCCCUUAACAGAGAACACGUCUUCUGGCAUGAACGCGGACCACCCUCACCAGCUGACUCGUACAUCGACGUCGAGGAAGGGUAUUUCAGCCGCAUGCCGUCCUGGCAGCUUGACCUCGUCACGGAAAUCCAUCUCUUCACGCAGAUGUAUUGGCUCGAGCAAUCGUUUGAGGACUUUUGCCGUCGGUCCUUCAAUGCGAAGGUGGAGAAGUUGAAGAUUACGAUUCGGAGAGGCGAUUGGUGGUGGAAUGAAUCGAAUGAGCCUUUGUUUAUCCAUCCUAAAAUUGACAGUCCUGGGUUUGAUGAGAUGGUGGAUAGUAUCAGGUAUGACCGCGCCGCUGCUCGGGCCGGGAAACCGCUUCAAUCGUUCGAAGACGGAAGCUGGGGAUCAGCAUUCAAGCUCCUUCCUUCGUUAAAAGAACUUGAGAUCGAGUUCGAAACGAGCGAUGAUAAGAGUGAGGAGUUAGAAAAUAUCGUAGACUGGGCGAAGACGUGGAAAUUCCCAAUGAAAGAAGGCACGGUGCUGAGCACCGAGGGAUGCGAAGAGGAGAACUGGAGUUGGGAGAGCACGGUUAGUUAUUGGAGUGAGAAUUGUCCGUAUUGUGGAGUUUCGAGUCGGGCGACUUGUGAUUUCACGCAGGUUCCGGGGGGAGAGGCAAAUCCUGGUUGUGUGGAGAUGAGGGCGAGGAUGGCGAGGGGAGAGGGACCGACGUUGCAUGUUAGGAGUUUGGGGUGGAAGGUUGUCGAGGACGUGAAGGUCGAGGACCUUUGA